UUCAUUGGGGCCAGUGGCCACCACCGGGUCCUUCUUGCCUUCGCCUCGGUUUGUCAGUAAUUUUAUGAUUUCCUUGUUAGAUUUGUCAUCCAAGAAGUGUGUGCCAUGCAACGCAAAAGAGAUGAGGGCCAUGACAGAACAAGCAGCAAAUGAAUUGAUCUCACAGGUUCCUGGAUGGACCUUGGUAAAUGAAAAUGGUAGAUUGAGGUUAAGUCGGUCAUGGAAAGUCAAGACUUACUUGAAAGGUUUGGAGUUCUUUCAGGCUGUUGCUAAUGUUGCUGAAGCAGAAGGUCAUCAUCCAGAUCUUCAUCUUGUUGAAUGGAACAAAGUCAAAAUUGAGAUAUGGACACAUGCUGUUGGUGGAGUUACAGAAAGCGAUUUCAUUAUUGCUGCUAAGAUCAAUCGGCUCAACCUGCAUGAUCUCGCGCGUAGAUAAGCUUGCAAAUGACUCUGUGAAACAAAGUGUCUCUUAGUCAAUGGCAAUAAAUCUGUAUGGACAGACAUCUUAUAUGCAGUUGAACUCAAUU